AUGGCUGCUGUGAGUUAAAUUCACUUGGGCGCUGAAAUACAGUCCUGCUAAACUGAUGCACUUUCCCUUGGAUUUACAGUCAUCGAUGAUGCGAGUCAUUUUAUUGCUCCACGCAAGGCAUUGAUGGAGGUGAACGCCUCGGCGUAACGACAGAAUCUGCUCCUGUCAGCGAGGCACCCGGCGGUAGACCACAAUGCAACACAUUUUGGAGGCAGCCUUGGACCGGGCCGAGUAUGUUGUGGAAAGUGCUCGUCAGCGGCCGCCCAAGCGAAGAGGCUCUUCCGGCGGUAGGAAGUCUCUGUGCCAGAAGCUUUACGAGCUGUACAUCGAGGAGUGUGAAAAUGAACCAGAAUUAAAGAAACUGAGGAGAAACGUGAACCUCCUGGAGAAGCUGGUCUCCCAGGAGACGGUUUCGUGCCUGGUGGUGAACCUGUACCCGGGGAAUGAGGGGUACUCGCUCAUGCUGCGGGGCAAGAACGGAUCCGACUCGGAGACCAUUCGGCUGCCCUACGAGGAGGCAGAGCUGCUGGAGUACCUGGAUGCUGAGGAGCUUCCCCCUAUCCUGGUGGACCUGCUGGAGAAGGCACAGGUGAACAUCUUCCACUGCGGCUGUGUCAUCGCAGAGGUGCGGGACUACCGCCGGUCCGCCAACGCCAAGAUGCCCUCCUACCAGAGCCGGCACGUCCUGCUGAGACCCACCAUGCAGACCUUGAUCUGCGAUGUCCACGCCCUCACCAGCGACCACCACAAGUGGACUCAGGAUGACAAGCUGCAGCUGGAGAGCCAGUUGAUUUUGGCCACUGCUGAGCCCCUGUGCCUGGAGCCCUCCCUCUCUGUGACCUGUACUGCCAAUCGCCUGCUCUACAACAAGCAGAAGAUGAACACACGCUCUAUGAAACGGUGUUUUAAGCGGCACUCGCGGGCGGCUCUGAACCGGCAGCAGGAGCUGGCCCACUUCCCCACGCCCCCUCAGCUGCGCCUGCUGGACUACCUGCAGAGGAGGAAGGAGAGGAGACCCCCGCCCCCCAUCGACCUCAAGAUCUCCAAGGCCGGCAGCCAGUGUGUGGACAUGUGGAGACAGAGCAGCUGCCAGCUCACCGCCCCGGCCCAAGUGGACGUGGAGCAGUACGCCGUGGUGGUGAAGUCGGUUAAGCUGGAGGAAUCUCAGUGCAUGGGCUGGCCGGCUCAGGAAAUGAAGGAUGACGUCCUGUUUGAGUGUGAAGUAGGGGGCCAGGUGCAGAAGACCAGGGUGUCCAUCUUUCAGGCGAAGGGGGACCCCCUGGUCUACGGCAAGAUCCACAGCGCCAAGGACCCCAAAACCGAGGAGGACCCCGGAGACCCGCAUCUCACCCCCCCGCCCUUUCUGAUUGGUUCAAAGAUUGACGCUGACAGGUUCCUGAACCAGUACAAGGAGGUGUAUGAGCGCGAUGUGAAGUGCCCCGUGAAGAUGUCCCACAACUCUGGGAGCGUGGCGACGGGGGGGCACGUGUCCCCCGGGAGGGGCGAGCUGGAGACUGACGGUUUCUCGCCACUGGUUCAGUCCUCUGUGCUGGGGAAGGGAGUGAAACACAGACCGCCUCCCAUUAAACUGCCAACAGUGCCCGGCAACAGCGCCUCAGGUAACCCCUUCAGCUCCCCGCCCUCAGGGGGGCACCUGAAGUGCCCGACUCCGCCUCCCUCCAAGAGCCAAUCGCUGUCCAGGAAGCACUCCAUAGAGCUGAGCCAGGCCGGCCUCCUGUCCCCCACAGCGCUGUCUCCCAUUGGCUCCUCGCAGAGAUCGGGGACGCCCAAGCCGUCCACGCCCACCCCCACGAACACGCCGUGCUCCACGCCCCACCCCCCGGAGCUGCAGCUGGGGACCCCCACGGGGACCCCCACGCCCCAGGACCCGCUGGGCCCCCUGCCCCUGUCCCAGCCCACCCUGCUGGCCCCGUUCGCCCAGCAGCAGAUGGCCCUGAGCCAGGGGCUGCCGGUCAUGACCAUCCCCCUGUCCACCAUGGCCAGCUCCAUCACCACCGGGACCUCCUCCUCCCAGGUCAUGAACAACCCCGCCGGGCUCAACAUCAUCAACGUGGUGGGCUCUGUCUGCAGUCCCCAGGGCCUGAUGAGCGCCUCGAACCCGAUGCUGGGCUGCAGCCCUGGUGCUUUGACCUCGGGGAUUAACCUGAGCGGGAUCCUGCCCGGGGGAGGUCUGAUGUCGGGGACCCUCCCCACCAUGCAGCCCACGGCACAAGCAGCAGGGAGUCCCUUCGGUCUGAAUAACUCCUCAGGACUGCGACCUUUGAACCUCGUCCAGCUCCCCUCGGGGCCGCUCAUCUUUAACUCCCAGCUGUCCCAGUUCUCCCCGCAGCAGCAGAGCAGCCAGUCAGCCACUUCCAGUCCCCAGCAGCAGGGGGAGGCGGUGGACCAGAGCAUGGGUGGGCCUGACCAGGCCCUGGGGAGCCAGCAGACCGCGGUAAUAAACCUGGGAGGGUUCAUGUCUCCUCAGGCCGCAGUGUUAUCGCAGCUGGGCUGUGGCCCGGACAGGUCUGGGCCCAGUCUUCCACCCUCCAGGCUCCACCUCUCCCAAGCCUUACAGCACCAGCCGCACCAGCCUCAGAUACAAUUGCAAUUCUUGCAGCACCAAAUGCAGCAGCAAAUGGCUAUAGCGGGAGCAGUGGGCCAGGGGGCGCCGCGGCAACAUACCGCCAACCCGCCAAGAAGUAAGAGGAAACGGAGCACCCCGCAGCCCCUGCCCAAAUCCUGACGGGACGGGACCGGCCUGCAGACGGACCGAGCGGUUCAGACGGACCCCCUCCUCUCGCCCCCCUGUCGCUGGGUUAAAAACAGACUGAACUCUGCUGUCUGCAUUCACUACGCCACCUCCAGAGCUCAGAAGACUUUUUUUUUUUUUUUUUUUUUUUUUUUUUUUAUAAGAUUACGUUAAAAAAGUAAGGUGAAAGAUGAUGACGAGGGCAAGGUCCAAACGAGGCUCGUAUUCUCUGAGGCAGAAUCAUGCAAACCUGGUCCUGGAGCCCCAGAGGAGUGUAGUUUUCGUUUUUGCCCUCAUAACUGUUACUGUUACUACCCAUUUUGCAUAGUUUUUUGGCUAUGUGGGCGCAGGUGACCAUGGACCGGAGGUACCCAGGGUUCCACCUUUCAGACCAAACUAUAAACAGUCAAAGUUUUAACGGAACCCAGAAACAUCUCUCGCGCUCCAGGACCAUCACGCGUACUGACGCUAUGGCAUGCCUACAGAGAUAUACAGGCCUUCUGGAUUGAUGUCCCAGUAUUACGGUGUCGAAAACUAGGCUUUUAGAAUCAGGACUGCAUAUGAAUUGGCUGAGUCCGUAUGAAUGUGUUCAGGAUUUUGGCCAACAAAGGGUCCCUUAAACCGUGAGUUUCCUUUGAGGAAAACUGUGCUCUACCGUCUGCCUCCAUGAAUCUACAGAGCGAGAACUGUUUAAGGGCCUUGGAAACGCGCCCGGCGACGGCAGCCAUUUUAGCUACCGGUGUCAACCAACGGGAGAAGUUUGUUUUAUCCAGCACGUUUUUAAACGAUGUCGUACUCAACAGGGAUCUGUGUACUGUACAUUCAUAUGAAAUCAGGUGUGGGAGGAAAAAACCUACUGGCCACAGAUGCUGAUUUUUUUUUCUUUUAUUUUUUUUUGUAAAUGUUCUUUGUCAGCAGUUUUAUUGUGAUAAAAGAAAAUAUAUAUUGACAUUGAAAAAUACAACUUUUAGAGAAAAAAAAAAAACCCUGGGAAAC